UUUCAAGUUCUGCAGGAAAAGAAAAGAAAGGCAAACAAAAAAAAGUGUGAUGAAAUUAACAUUAAAACAGCAGUCAAACGAAACGAGUACAUCAAAAUAAAUCCUCCUCACUCCAGCGGGACGGCAGCGCGCAGUGUUCGCAACCGCACGCACGCACACACCGAGGCACUCACGAGCACACACGCGCGCACUUACCUGUUUCCCGAGAAAAGCCUAGCUCCGAAGAGGAGAAGAGUCUCCGAGUGCGCGAGUGAGAGAGAGCGAGAGGGUGUGAUACGGGCCCGAAGAUACGACACCAACCCGACGAGUCUCGAGUGCAUACAGCCAGAGUCCCGCAGAGCCAGAAUCUUCAGGACGUCGUCAUCACCGCCGUCGGUUCGCUCGGUUCAGUCGAUAACGCGAUUUUCCCGCAAAACGUUCUCUCUGUACCGUCUGCGCUGCCGAUUAUAUUCAAUCAAUUCAACCAUUCAUCAUCCAUCGUUUUUUCCAAACCGGUCCAGCAAAACCCAAGAAUUCAUACCACACCAGAAGAAUAUCCCAGGUCCGUUCAAAGUUUCCAUCGCGUCGUACUUGUUUCUAGAAAAAAAAAAUCAAAUUUCCGCGCGACGACGACGACGACGACUAAGCCAAAAGCCGCCCAUCCUCACGGUUUUCCACGUUCCCACACAUCAUUUCGCGGACACUAACACCACACACAUAUUUGCCCCCUCGAAUAAGAGUGGUUCGGUGUGUGGCACGGGCUCCCUUCUGGAACGCCAAAACACGCGCGUGUUCCUUUUGCAGUGCGCGAAUAUCUCCGCGAGUUCGAUAAGUCGUGUGAGUGCGCGAGUUACGCAGUAAAAAAAAGUAGUGGUGCAAGAAGAAGAAUAAUUGCUGCCAGAAGAGUGUACACAGCGCGACAAGCGUCAUCCCAAACGUCAUCAGUCAGCGGAACGCAGGUCGAAGAGCAAGAAGGAGAAACAUACCAAGAAAAUCAGCGCGAUUCCCUCUGAGAAGUAGUAGAAGAGAGAAGUGCAUCAUCCACAUCCACAAAUUCCUAAACGCAGUGUCCUUCCGGUCCCAAGCUACCCCCUAAAAACCCUGUCCUAAACAAAAAGUAAGCCGCCGCCACCUCCCCGUGGGGACGCGAACCGAAACGUUGACAUUCACAGUAGAGGCUCUUUAAAGAAAAAAAAAACGGAAACAAACAAACAAACAAACGGAAAACGGCAGAUAUCGAAACCGCGGAGAAAUUCAUCGUGACGAAACACUAGAGAUUGUGCAAUUUUUGUGAGUAAGCGGAAAGAAGUAUACCUGAAAAAAUAAGUAAAGUAAAAUUUUGUUGAGAUUUGUUUUUGUUCUAUAAGCUAAUAAGGCAACACGUUAGAGGUAAAUUUUAGCGAGGGCGAGAAAAGGUAUUAUAGGACCUGUUUUUAUUUCGUGUCGAAAUCUGAGAUUAAAGUUAGAGUUGCUCAAUAGCUGCGGCAAAAACAUUAAAUUAAACACAUUACAAUUAGGUAGCAGAGGAAGAACCUAUUUUGUGAGCGUUUGAACCAAAGAUUUGAACUAUUACUACUACUAAUCACCAAUAGAAGUGCGAAGAAAACACUGUUGUGUCGUGAGAUUUUUUGAGUUUUCGAUGUAUAUUGUGCAAUAGGAAGACUCCAAUCAAUUCCUAACCUAAAGUUAAGUAGUGCAUGAAAAACGAGAGAGAGACAAUCAACAUAUCAAACGAGAACGGUUCGUGCGUGUGUGUGUGUGUAUGUAUAUCAAGUUUUUACGCCAGGUACCCCAGGUUCUGACUCUUUGAAAAGUCUUCUUCUGACUACGAUCGAAGUGAACAGAGAGCAAAAACAAAAAAAUAAGAUACAAACAAGUUUCCCGAGGUCCCGCGUUCCAGAAGAAAUCUAACCAACUCCACAACAACAACAAAAAAAUAAAACCGGGCAGGGCACACGGUAGUUAGCUGGCUGCAAAGCCAUCGCAAGUGAGAAUCUGAAGAAACAACAGAAACAGAGAGACAGAGGAAAAAAAACCAUUCGUACGUAAGAUUCGAUCUUAAGAACGACGGGAAAAAGAAGCGAUUGUUUACACCACACAGCGCAGUAAAGAAGGAAGAAGGUCUUUGGAAGAGCGUUCACGAGAUUCAGGUUUUUUAUUAUUACUAUUUCCUCGACCCGUUGUUGUUACCUUUUUCUGCUGCGGCUUCGGUCGUUCUUUUGCGCGAUCGGACUUUGUGUGUGAUCAUCGGCGCGCGGGUAGAAGAAGGUAGAAGGAAGCCAGGGAACGAAAACCGGUUACAUACAUAUAAUCAAAAAUAAUUACGAUAAAUAUAUUUCUCGUCUUUCGUGUUCGUCAUGGUUAAACUCUUGAGCGCGGCCAUAUCGUAGAACCACACUGGAAGAACACUCACGACCGUACUUAUUAGCGUAGACCAAAAGUCAGGAAGAAGGGGGAGAACAGGAAAAAAGCGAGCAAAGGGUGCGUUCAGGCAAUCGAACAGAAAUUAGAAGAAAAAUCCAAUCAGUCAAUAUACAUAUACAACCGCGGAAGCGAACACAAAAAUAGGUGUAUUUUUAGAAGCUAGAGUUCCAAACAAUCCCGAAAAGGUGCGAGAGAGAGAGAGAGUGCGAAGAAAAAAAAACCGAGAGACAGAGUGAUGUGUUUUGUAUUCUGAUAGCAUUUUUUGCGCUAAACAAUCCCAGUUUUUUCGCGGAGACACCAACUCCCGGAAUACUACCACUAGCGGCUAAGUAAGAUAAUAAUAUAUCAUCGAUUUAAGGAGAAAGCGUUUUGACAAUCAAUUCAACCGCUGUUCAGACCAAUCAGGUGCGCACGGGAUCCCAAUCAAGCAAGUGAACGUGCCCCAAAUCGAGUCGUGUUUCCAAACUCUGACAAUCUUCUAUUUUCUAAAAAAAAAACUUUUAAUAAUCUACAUUGAGAUUUUUACAUGUAAAAAACAUAUCUAUAUAGUGUAUCUGUCUAGGCCGUAGUAUAGUCGAAUCGUAGUAGAAACCGCUCCACUCGACGACAAUCAAUCUGCAAUCAAUCAAUUGACAAUCUGUUCUAUAUAUUUCCGCCACGUGAAGGCACACACACAGACAGUAGCAAAUAUCUAGCAAAUAAACAUAAUCGUUAAGGUGUUAGGAAAAAAAAGUGAAGAAGUAAAUCGUUCAAUUAUCAAAGUUAGGAUUAGCGCAAGUAAAGUCGUUGUUCACAGUUCUUAGUUAUUGUUGGAUGCAAUCAGCAGCCGUCACUAUUCGUUUUUGAAAGUUAAGGGUAGACAACAAAAAGCACGCGAAAGCAAAAAUCAAUCUCAACACUUACCCCACGCACACUAGAGAUAAUUUACGUCACCACGUAUUUCCGACCGGGUCCGAUCUUUGUUCCCCCCUUUAUACCGCCGCCACUAGCGCAACAUCAGCAACAACCAACGGUAACCGCGGGUCUCUCGUCAGCGGCUUCCACUGUAGUUGGCCAACCGAUCGGUUCGAGUCUACCGACCGCCUAUCCGGCGCAGUUCCCUCUGUAUCCUAGCUGCAACUCGACCCCGUCCUCUACCGGUUCGUCCGUAGCGGCGACCACUACUGCCCUCUACAAUAACGGUACAGCCUGUAACGCUGCCCUACAGCUGUGCUUCUGCGGUCACUGCAGCUAUCAACACUACCAGCAGUCGCAUCAGCAGCAGCAGCAGCAACACCAGCUGCUCCUACAACAGCAACCGCCUCAGGCGACCCCUGCUACCAUCAUACCGCCGACUCCUUCUACCAUCAUACCACCAACUCUGAUUUUGAGUCGCUACACCGAGAUCAACCUCGGCACCGGAAGUAACUCCCUGAGCGGAAGCGAGCCAAGCCUAGUCUCCAACAACAUUCCCACCGGCAAAGAGAUAAUGGUAAGCGUUCCCACUGACGACGGACCAAUCGAACUAAUUUCAACAGCAAGCAACAACGAAAUGCGUGGUAGCGACGAACUCCUCAGUCAAGCCGCAGUCAUGGCACCUGCCUCGGACAACAACAACCAGGAUCUAGCAACCAAGAAGGCCAAACUGGAACCGAACACAGUGAUCGGCGUGGGUGGCAUUACGAAACCCUCCCGCGUGGUCCACAUCCGCAACAUCCCGAACGAGUCCAGCGAGGUGGAUGUGAUGCACCUGGGUGUCCCCUUCGGUCGGGUGACCAACGUGCUCGUACUCAAGGGAAAGAACCAGGCCUUCCUGGAGAUGGCCGACGAGACGGCGGCGACCAGUAUGGUCACGAUGUUCACCGCUACGCCACCGAUCGUCCGCGGCCGGACAGUCUACGUGCAGUUCAGCAACCAUCGGGAGCUGAAGACCGAUCAGAACCACACAGCGACGAACGCCUCUCUACAGACCCAGGAUCUCACACAGUCGCCCACUGGCUCACCACUGCCCCUGUCGUUGGACCAUGCCAACACUAACUCCAACUCCGGCACGACCGGCAGCGGGGGCAACGCCCAGGGUGGUCCCAACACCGUGCUGCGGGUUAUCGUCGAGUCGCUGCUGUACCCGGUGUCGCUCGAUAUCCUCUACCAGAUAUUCCAGCGCUUCGGCAAGGUGCUCAAGAUUGUCACCUUCACGAAGAACAACUCGUUCCAGGCGCUGAUCCAGUAUCCGGACGCGGCGACAGCUCAGCACGCCAAGCAGACCCUGGACGGGCAGAACAUCUACAACGGGUGCUGUACGCUGCGCAUCGACAACAGCAAGCUGACCUCGUUGAACGUCAAGUACAACAAUGACAAGUCCCGGGACUACACGAACCCCACGCUGCCGUCGGGCGAACCGGGCAGCGAUGUGAUCGCCAGCGCCGGCGGACUCGUGUCGGCCGGUGAUCUCCUGCUGCUGGCGGCCGGUCAGCGUCCCCAGCUGACCCGGGAUCGACUAGUCAAAUUAGACAAAUCUCCCUAUUUUCUAGUGAAUGGCUUAGCGACCCCCGGUGUGCUUCCACCGUUCGGUCUAGGUCUCGGAACGCCAGCCCUCGCGAGCGCAUACGGUGGCGCCCUGCCGAAUCUCGGAGCGUUCGCGCUUGCCUCCAACGGUGCCCUAGGGACACCCAAUCCGGCCGUACUGCGAGGACUCUCCAACGUGCUGCUCGUCUCCAAUCUCAAUGAGGAGAUGGUCACGCCUGAUGCUCUAUUUACCCUCUUUGGGGUGUAUGGUGAUGUACAACGUGUAAAGAUUCUCUACAACAAGAAGGAUUCAGCACUGAUCCAGAUGGCUGAACCUCAUCAAGCGUAUUUGGCUAUGACCCAUUUAGACAAGCUCCGCAUCUGGAACAAGACGAUCCGUGUAAUGGCCAGCAAGCAUCAGGCGGUGCAGCUGCCGAAGGAGGGCCAGCCGGACGCCGGCCUGACCCGCGACUACGCACAGAACCCACUGCACCGAUUCAAGAAGCCGGGCAGCAAAAACUAUCAGAACAUCUAUCCACCGUCUGCCACACUGCAUUUAAGCAACAUUCCAUCUACCGUCACCGAGGAGGAGAUCAAAGAAGCCUUCACUAAAAAUGGUUUCGAAGUCAAAGCUUUCAAGUUUUUCCCGAAGGAUCACAAGAUGGCCCUGAUACAGCUCAGCUCGAUCGAGGAGGCUGUGUGCGCUCUGAUCAAGAUGCACAACUACCAGCUAUCGGAGUCGAAUCAUCUGCGUGUCAGCUUUUCCAAAUCCAACAUCUAAGAGCGAUCAACCGUUCAGUUUACCUUAACCGACACACACACAGCCACUCAACAAGAGCGCGCACGCGCUCGUUUGGAGCCCAUCGAAGCCUGCUCUCAGCAUCAUCUUAUCCCCGCGGAUAAAAAUAAACAAAUUGACUUGAAGAUUUUCGUGCUUGAAACCCAUCAACCUCUUCGCCCCCACCCCCCAAAUGUGCAACUAUUCAAACCACAAAUCGCAGAACAAAAGAGACUGAACGACGAUAGCUGCAAUAGGUGUGCGAGCGAGCGCGAUUGUGUGUAGAAUUGUAAUCGUUCUUCUGAGGACUCGAUAAGGUACCAGCUCCUCCACAUUUCCGAUGUAAUAAUUAUCUUCCGCCAAACCACGUCAACUGCUGCGUCGCUGCGCCAUUGCUUUGAGAAUGAGAAAACCAAAACCACACGAAGUGUUUGAAAAUGGGACUCGGUCAAAAAGCGAAACAAAUCAAAUCUGGUAGUGAAAUUCACAACAUGCCCACAUAGCAUAGACCCAGAGAUCAAACGGAUAUAGAGCGAAACCAAUCCAACACAUGUGUAAAUUGAAGUUGUAAUCUUUUUAACUAGAGGAAAAUUAGGAGAAAAAAGCACGCGUUAAAAAUGGGAACAAACUAUACCUAAUUAUAUCAAACAAAGAAAUACAAAACUUACACACACAUACACAAAAGGGCAGGAGGCAGGAGGCGCAUUCGACGGACCACCGGACGAUUCCGGACGAUGGAAUUAUGAAUCUUCUAAUAUCAGCAGAGAAAACAAAAAAAAACUAGUAGAACACACGAGAUUAUCAAAAUAGAGAAGAGCUACUAGAGAGUAAGGCAACGGAACAAAAACAAAUGGCAAGACAACAAAAAACCACACACACACAGAUACUAUUUAAGCUGUAGAAGAUCGUAUUUAAAUGUACUAAACAGAAGAUGAAAAAAAAACAAACACAUUCUUAUUGCAUAGAAAUCUAUACACACACACAAAUGCUAGAAGCAAUCGUGUGUACAUUAUCAACAACAACAACAACAAAGCGCAGUUGAAUUGAAGCGAAGAUCUGAAUUAAAAGAAUUUUUACAUUCUCGCGAAAGCGAUGAUUUUGGGUUUUUUUUCAUCUAUUGAAGUUUCUCUUCCCCCGCAAUCGAUAUAGAGAGAAAGAAAGAGAGAGGGACACGAUCUGUGAGUGAGCGUGUGUGUGUGCGUGUGCGCGAGGUGUGUGUGUGUGUGUGUGCAUGAGUGGAUGCGUGAAGGAAGAAUCAGAGUUCGAGAGAACAACUCGAAGGAAAACAAUUACUGUAUUAUUAAUUACUAGUUAGAGUUAGGUUAAACACUAUUUUUAGGGCACCUAUAUUUACCACCUAAUGAGGAGGAAAGCAGAAGGCAGAAGAAACAAACGGAAGGAACAAAAAAAAAACAAACAAACACACACAGAGAGAAAACGAAUAAUUUCCAGUAUUGUUUAAUGUUAUAAUUAUUCUUAUUAUUGUUGGUAUAGAGAGGGGGGCGAAUGGUUACGCAAUGUGUAUGUGGUACAUAAAGAUAUAGGUUUAUGUGGGAAAGCAGCUGGACCAUGUCAGCGCCUGCUUCGCUCUGAUGACACAAAGCAGGCGCAGGGGUCAAUUAUAGGAUUUAAUUCUUUUUUUUUGUCGUAUACCCAAUGUUAAACGUUUAAGUUGUAGUUAUUUACAAAUGGUUAUGUAAGAUUUAAGAGGGGAGUUAUUUUUCUUAGUUGCAAUAGCUUUCGCCGGAAAGCGAAGGUAGUGUCUCUUCGGGCCCGGGCAUAUAUCGGUGCUGUGUAUUCGUGUGUCGAAUACUAAUGUGUGAGUGAACGCGCAAUUGUUGAACGCCGUGAUUAGCUUUGUGAUCGUUUACCAAAAAAAAACCACUCAAACGGCGCAUUGAAUAUAGAUAGGGUAAGAGGAAGAGAAACAAAACAAACACAAACACAAACACCCACCCAUCCCAUGUUGUGGUGGGUGUAUCUUUUUCGGAAAUUGAAACUUUUUUCUAUCACUUCCUAUCGUAUUAACCCUAUGUUCGCUAAAAUGUUUGAUUUAUCACCGGUUUUGGGUUCGAAGCGAAAAGUAUCUAUACACACACACACGCACUACAUAUUCGCUACAAAAUGCUGUAGCACAAGUGAGAAUAAGUGUCAAAUCAAACAGGUUAAAUAAGGCAAGACAACAUAAACAAAAAAAAACUUCAAUCCAAUCAUAUUUGAAGAAGAAACAAUGCUGAAAACAAUCAUUCGCGUGGAAAAAUGCGACUACAAUUCAUCAUCAAUGUGUAAACACGUGUAAAUGCCACGCAUCCGAACAAAAAAAACACUCAUACCUAGGAAAAGGAAGAGAGUAAAAAACACAUAGAGAGAGAGGCGAGAAAUUUACUCACACUAGGAAGAAAAUAUGACAAACAAAAAAAGUAGGCGUUGCAUUUUUGAGCUUAUCGAUGAGUAAAACCGGAAGUGAAACACUCUUAUUGAAGUAAUUAUAUAGAGAGAGAAAAAAUUGGAGAAUUAUAGAAAAAUAACUAUAAAAAGUGGUGAUUAAAUCAUUAAACAGUUUUUUAUGAUUAUUAUGAUAAAAAAGGUAUAUUAAAACUAUAUAUUUAGAGUAUUAAUCUACAUUCAAAGAAGCAGGAGAGGAAGGGAAUAGCUGGGCAGCUGGACCCAGGAGCAAAUCAUAAAAAAAUGGGUAAACAAAUUAGGAAAAAUUUAAAAAAAAAUAUUUACACAAAGACAUAGGCAGCAUGGAUGACAGGCGGCAGAGAAAGAGAGAGAAAGGAAGGAGAGAAGAUAAGAAUUUAAGGGAGAAAAAACAAGUGAAGCACGAAGCAGGGUGACAAGCGAUCGAGGCGCUUACCCUAAACCGACGAUAGAAAGAGAGAGAGAGACACACACACACAUACGGAAGCCCUCGAAGAGAGUGCCCCUGAGUGUGCGCGGGAACUUUGCUUUUCGCCGCGGCCAACGGGGGGCCGGGAUAAUUCGAAUAAAUAUAUGCGAAAUCUCGACAAUCAGAUGAUGUUAUAUUUUAGCGAUACAUCUUUAAUCUUCAAACUCUAUUAUUAUAUACUUGUAAACAAUGAAAAAAAAAACAAACAGCUAAAUUCUUAUUAUACACAGUGAAAAAUUAAAGACCCCACACAGAAAAGAAACACAAACAUACAAACAAACGUCGCGUUUGGAAGUCAAAUACUGAGCGCGAUGCUCUUUUAGAAUCUGAUCGAAUCUGAUACAGACACAAACAGACACACACACAAACACCCAUGCAAGCAAGUAAAUGGAUAUCACUAACUAUAUCUUAGCUCUUAAAAAUAAUAAAAAAAAAACAAACUUACUCAUAAAUAUUCCCUAGACGGAGAAAAACGUAUCUAUACAUUUAUUUUUUAAACAAUUAUUUUCAUAAGAUAAAUUUUCCUACUGCUAUCACACCUACCCACUAUCGAAACUACUUCUAAUAACACUUAUUUAAGACAAGAUGAGACACACGAGAAAACUACUCCCCCUUAGUUGUUAGAACAAAGGCAGACGCGAAGCUGCAAAUGAAAAUGAAAAAAAAAGGAGAUUUCAAAUCGUAGCGAAACAAACAACUAAUAAAACAAAACACAAGAAACUCGUUAUUGCUGCUAGCCAAAAGUCGUUUUAGUUUCGUUAAAAAUCGAUGAACUAAGGAAGCAAGAAGUGGUGGAUAUGAUUAAAGAUAGGUUGAAAUAUGGACCCAACAAUAUACACACACUCUCACCGAAAAGGAAAAAAAGUAGACCAAGAAUACAUAAACACACACUCAGACACACACACAUACAACAUAAAGCAGUAAACCAGGAAAUCUCUUCCGCUCGAUGAAGCGCACUCUGCGGUAUAUAUUUGUUUGUUUGUUUGUUUGUUCGCUCUCUCGUGCAAACAAAACCCAUUCUAUUUAUUAGUUUUUUUUAUCGUAUUAUUAUCCUCCUAUUAUUACAUUUAAGCUACCAAUCUGAAAUAUCUCUAUACUCUAUCUUCUAUAUUCUAUAAGCAAGUGAAACAAACAAAACAAAAAAAAAGUUAGAAUCUAUCUAUUGUAAAACAAACAAAAAAAACACGUGAAAAGUAAUUAAAUAUCAUACAAAAAAAAAUAUCAAUGUAUUUGAAGUUUAAUCAAAUAAGAGAAAGCUGUUCGUACUACGUUUAAAACAAAUAAUUCUACGCUAGCAAAGAAAACUAAAAGAACAAAAAAAAAACACUGAUGAGAGGCAGCGGGAGGACAAAACAACCACAAUGCGAUACAAUCAAAUCUAAUCUACUUUGCAUUUAACGCAACUCAACAGACUCACGACGACCAAGACGACUAAAAUCUAUUCUCAAUCUACUGCGACACACAAACACAUAAAUAUUUCAGGGGGUAACUUCUGUCGUAAGGUUAUUCAAAAAAAAAUCGGUGUAUAUUAUUAUGAUUGCAAUAUCUGUGCACUACUGAGUAUCGUUUACUUCGUAAGUAGCCCUUAGUUUCUACCUGUUUUUUGUCUCAUAUUAAGCUAGAUGAUCUAAUUUCGCGCCUCACACACACACGCACCUCGUGAACAUGGUUUAAAGUGCUUCCGCGGGGUGUUGUGGUGGGGAUGUCACACAGUAUUGAUUCACUUUCUACACAUGCACUCAAUACUGAUUAUCGCUGUGCGACAUCUGUGCAAGGCAAUUAGUUUUUUUUUUAUCCAGAGGAAGAAGGACAUUGACAGUGGGGAAAAUCAAACAAAAAAGUGACAAACAAACAAGAAACAAGAAAAAAACCAAGUCAGGUGUUGUAGUGAAAAUGAUAAUCAAAUGAAAAAACUAUAAACGGUGGUUGAGAACAAAAACACGCAGAAAAAAGGAAGUGAAAUAUGUGUCAAAUAUAUAUCUUAAAUCGAUGCGACAGACAGUGGAAUUAGGGUCAUAAUAGAUAUUAUCUAUAGAAAGAGACACACACACAAUCAUAAACACAUAUACAUUUGAACACGCACGCAAGACGAACACACACAUACACACACAUACAAACGUAGAGUGACAAUUUUCCCCUUGCGCGCGUCUGCAACUUCUUACUUUCAACCCAGCAAACAUUAAAUCGUAAAAUUUGCCGUAUCCUAAGUCCUAUAUAGAGUGGUGUCAAAUCACAGUCGUAAUAAUGUCGAUCAAUAUGUGUGUAUUGCGUAUAUCUGCAAUCGCAUAAAAUAACACGAUUUAAUUUUGCACGACAGAUUAAGUCGUAAUUCGGUAUGACGGGCAUCGGUUUUCUGACCCACCCCAACAAACAAUCAUUUUUAAAAUGAUCGGUCUUGUCGAAUCGAUUUUCCAAACGGCGUAGUGAUCGAUCGAUCUUUGAAAAAUUAAAAACUUUUUUUCGGUUUAUCUGCUUAUUCUAUAUGAAUUUCGUCUUUUCUUUAAACAGGGAAUACAAAUCUCAUAUUUCUUUUCAAACAUCAAACGCAUUUUGUUUUGCUCCUCAGCAUGAAGACCACAGCUAUUAUAGCUAUUACUUGUUGGGACAUGCAGCACUGCGAAAAAUUGUGUUACAUGCUGCGGAAAAUCAUUCAUCAGUAAAUCGUAUUAGGUCGUGAUGAAGGGAAUAUAACAUCAUAUUAUGAAUUUAACACUUCUUGUUCUUCUCGUUUAGUUAGGCAUACCAUCUGGUUGGAGUUGAAAAUCAAGACACCUGAUAUAGUUACGAUUAUGACCAAACCAUUGUGAUUCUUUGAGAAUAAAUAAAUAAAAACACGUGAAAUUUAUUUAUUUAACAUAUUUCUUGACGUUCCUGAAAUGCACGAGCGGCACCAGCUUAUAUACAGAUUUGUAAUUUCAUUGGCCUGUUUCCAAAGCAAUUUUUAAACUAUUUUUCGAGUUAAUAAUUAAUAAGCAUAUAACUCUUAGACACUUUAUCUUUUGAAUAAAAUGAUUAUAAUAUACUUGGUUUAGCUGGAAAAGAAUAAUUAACGCUCAAGGAGAAGUCUAUUUAUCCUCGAAAAUACCCAGAACAAAUAAUACCCCCUUCCCACCAUCAUCAAACAAUUUGGUUUCUUUGAUAUAGUGGAAUAUUCUGUACACCAUAUCCAACAUUUCAUUUUCUCCGUUAUCAAAUGUAUAGCCAAUGUUACCAUUUGUAAACAAUCUGUAUCGAAUUGUCAUCCACACUUCGUUUUUCGCUAAACGCUUCGUUCGGUCCGGCUACAGAAAAGAAAUGGAAUUGGGGGUGAAAAUCAUAAUGCAUAGUCGUUUAAGCGUGACCUUCUUUUCCUUACAUCGUAUGACAACUAAAUGGAUUUCCGAGCGGGCACCAGCUUAUAUAUGGAUUUGCAUGGUUUCAAUAGCAUGUUUUCAAAGCAAUUUUCAAGCCAUUGAAACAAUUUUUCGAGCCAAAAAUUACCAAUCAUAUAACUCUAGGAUAGUUUUCCUUUCGAAUGAAGUGAUUAUCACAUACUAUUCCGUACAGCCGGCAAAGAGGUAUUAAUGGUCAAAACCUUGCACUUCAAUCGUCACGCUUUCGUUUUUGGAACAUUGAAUCUACACCCCGAUACAGAAGUGAAAGACGUAGUCCUACGUCAAAAAUUAACCUGGAAUAUCGAGACAAAACACAAAAAUAUCUCCGUUGCCAGCGAAACAAAAUCUCCAAAUGAAAAUGGUUUUAAGAUCUUGUGGAUCAUCCAACUGCUACUCUUUAUAUGCUCACAAAACUUUUGUCUUAAAAAAAAGGGUUUACUCAAAAACAUAAUACACUGAGAAUAAUUCUGAUUCUAUACCAAAAAAGAAUUUCUAACGAAAAUCAGGACGGCCGAAAUAGAUCUCAAAAUCAGGACAGAUGGUAACCCUAUCUUUAAUGACACUGACGUUUUCUACAGGAACUCCGCCGUUUCAACGUUGUAGAGAUUUCUAUUUCUAUGACCAGAAUGGGAAACGAAUCUGAACCUCUGGCUUGUUUGUUUAGCUUUACAAGGCUGCCAAAUUGGCUUACAAAUGGUAUCAAACUAUGUCAAACUACAUUCAGAAAUACUUGAGGGUACAAAUUGUUGUCAGAUAAUUCAAUUGAGAGCGUUCCCAGGAAUUUGCUACUGUUUCCAAUGAACGAAACUAAGUAUUUUGUUUGCUUGAUUGAGAUGACUUUCUUUUCCUUAGAACGCAGUGGAAAAAAAUAAAUGACAGCUAGGUACAAUGUUAGAGAAAGUUGCCGAAUGUGCUGGUUAUACGAUUUAAUGUUUGCUAGGAACACUCUCUCUGAUUUGGAAUUGCUCGAAACAGCGGCAGUGAAAUCACCCGCAAGCAUUGCCCAAUAGGGUGAGCAAUUCCGGCUCUCACAAAUACAGCAAUCACUUGUUUGGAUGAUGAUGAUGUUGGAUUAAAGAGGCUUUAAACUUUUCAGUUCAUUCGCCUCUAACUUGUUUGGAAUUGCUACAAAUCAUACAGGAUGUACAAUCAUCGAAUUGUUCACCGCGCUCCCUCUCACACAUACUUUCAAGGUGAUGAUGUUAUAAAAUUGUUCACCCCCUCCAAUUCUUCUGAACCCCAGGACGAGUCUACAAACAAUUCUUCUUACAAUGGCACAGUCUUCAACUAUCUCCACCUAGGAAAUGAAACUAGAGAUCAACUUUUUCCACAAAAUAAAAAAAGAUGGCUCCGCGUGAGCAGCGACAUUUAUCUCCAAGCUAGCCAAAAACAAUUACACAAUUUAGCAAGGUCUCUUCGAGUAAAACGUGUAACCAAAAGUCAAUUCAGAAGAAGAAAAGAAAAUGAGAUAAAGUUCCAAGUCGACAAAAUUAUGCGUAUUAAGGGAUAAAUUAUUCGCGCGAACGACACAGAAGCAGAGGCAUCGCGUGUGACUCGCAGCAUAAUUGUUAUUUGUGAUUAUUAUUACUAUUGUUGUUAAAAAUAGAGAGUGCAUGAAAAAAAAACAAACAAAAAAUGGGACAACAGAGGAAGAGUAGGCCAAGUCGAAAAGACAAAGGGAGAAGCAUCAAACAUUUUCGCCUUCCACACACAAACACUAUUCGGAAGGGAUAUUUUAGGUUAGAGAGUUAAAUUUUUAAGUAAACCAAGUGCAAUAUUUCAAAAACUUGCUGCUCUUCAUUCUACUCACACUUUUGAGAACAACUACUCUCUCAUCUCUUCUUUUCGACCUCAGCCGAAAGCGCCUCUGUCAACGAUUAUUUUCGAUCUAUUUCAUCGAAUGAGCUCACCCUUCUCGACAAAAAAGAUUUUUUCAAGUCAUCCAAGUAUGUGUGAAACAGCUCACUCGAACAGAAAACAAGGCCUACUGAGUGAAAUGUAAAAUCCCAAGAUGGGAAAAUAUUCAAAAUCUCCGCCGAAAAUAUUUAGAACAUUAUUUAGAUGAGAAAAAAACGGGACGAAACAAACACUCGCGCCACAAGUUUCACACUAACACGCAUAAAAGCAGACAUCCACAGACACACACACAUAGAGACCCCACAGAUAAUAUUACAUAAAUUUGUAUAUUGAGAAUAACUUUAAACAAGAAAUAGAUAAAUGUUUACAUUUAACAGAAACACACACUCACUCACUCAACUCACAGCGUUCAAGAAGCAUACAUAUGAUUGUGAAUUUUUUAUUGCAAACUUUUACAAUAAGCAACCAAAAUAAGAGAGAGGAGAAGCAGAACGUACGAUAUAAAUAAUAUAACUGGUUAUACGUGAGAUACGUGGGGUAGGCGAAACAAAUUAGCGUUAAAUUGUGGGGACACUUGGACCUAUUCAAACAAAACAAAGCAAACAUUUGAAAAACAAACUUAUUGACAGCAGAAAAUGGCGAUUGUUCAUAUAUACCUAGCGAGCAACAUGAAAAAAACAAAAACAAAGAGAGAGAGUGAAUGCCGCCGAAACUGAAAGACACUUCUCAUCAGCCGAAAAACGGGACAAAACAAUCAAAUUAUGGAACCAUCAUUUUUCAUCUACUCUUUCUUCCUUCUGUGCUAAAUAAAAUGGGAACCAACAGCCAGAGCCUACUAUUUGAUAAUCGCUGACAGCACACACACUCAUUCACACAUUCAAUUUUCACUUUUUCUUCUCUCUAAAAAUUCAAACACAGCAAAAAAUCUGAAUAAAAAAACAACAUAUCAACGGAUGAAAACCAAUUCCAUCUAACGCUUCUUCUACUACUCGAUAUCUUUCUCUUUUCCCUGUUACUUUUUUUUCCAGCACACAAAAUCUGAACAAACAAAAAAGGAUUACUACCUGAGCAAAAAAAAACAAAGAAGAAAAAUGAGUCAACCUUGAGAGCUUUAAAGGCAACCAAAAGAAUUAAAAAAAAAAUCGGAAAGGGAAAAGUGUGCACGAACAAAUAAAAUAACUCAAACAAAAAGACACUAAGAAUGCGCGCGCACGGUAAGGUAUCGAUAGUAGAAAAGGGGCUAGAGAUUAUUAUUAUUAGUACUGUUUUGAUUGAGAAAACAAAAACCCCGCACACAUGCAAACAAACACUCCGCGUUAGUUUAGUCGAAAAAAAACAGAGAAACAAGAGUAAACAUCCCCCAUGUAGAGUGUGGAAGCUGUGCUAGAUAAAUUAAUUACGGUUUACGAUUAGACGCAAAUGAGAAUGUGCAAACAACCUGAAUUUGAAUCCCAAUUCCCCGACACCGACACAAACAUACCUACACCCACAGAGAACAACAACAACAAAAGCCGUUAGCAAAUUGAGUGUGAACAAAAACAACUUAGCGAAAGAUGUGUAACUCUAGAUGAAAACGAAAAAAAAAGAAUGUAAAAAAAAACUAGUAGCUGAGAUUAAAGAAAAACAAACAAAAAAAAACUAGCGGAAAUUAACCCCACACACACAUGUGUGAUGCGCUAAUCAAAGCGCUGGUAAGGAAGAAAGAUAGAGGAAAAGCGCAAAAUUCCUGCGUCGUGCUGCGGUUUACGAGGGUACUAAAUAUAGCGAAUUAUCACACAAAAACACACCCCAAAAAAGGAGGAGACACAAGUGAAUCGAAUCAAACAAAACAAAGAAAUCAAAGAAAUUGAAAAAAAACACACAAGGUAAAGGACAUGUUGCAGAACCAGGAGAAAAAAUACAUAUUUUUACCUUAUUUUUAUUGAUUGAUAGGAGCGGGGGGAGUAUUGAAAAAAAAAACAAAACGGGAAAGAGAGAAUGACAAACCAUCAGCAGCAAAAAAAGAAGCAAAAGAAACGCGCGAAGAAAGUGAAAGUAAACCUUGGGAAAUCAGGAACAAUUAAUCACAAACACACACCCACACAGAAAAAAAAGAACUAAAUCAGGCCUCAGACACUUCGACAUUAGACAUCAGACACAACUACCGUAACAAAUUGUUGUAGGAAAAAAACACACACAUACAUACAGACAAACACAUACACACACACGCGAAUAUGUAUAAAGGUGGAGCAGUGGAAUCAAGCGGAAAUGCAAGAUGUUUAAAAAAAAAACACAGGAAACUGGAAACUGGAAGUAAAAGUUAAAAACACAAUGGAAUGUAUGAAGAAUAUAUAUUAUAUAUUAAUGAUUAAAAGUAAAAAAGUAUGGCUACGAUUUUGUCGUUUUAUAAUAAAAAAAAACAUUUAAAUAAAAUUUAAAAAAACAAGUACAUUAUACACAUAAAAAUGAAUAAAAAUUGUAAAAAAAUGA